AUGCAGUACACGCCGCUCAACACCAGCAGGGCCAAGGUGUUGGAACAGGCCUUAGCCACAGAAGUCCUGGUUGUUCCUCGAAGAGCCAUGACCCCGCCUCAUGCAGAUAAGACGAAAGUGUGCCAGUUCCACCAGAAUAGAGGGCACACUACCGAAGAGUGCUCUACCCUUUGGGAUCGCAUUGAGGACCUCGUUAAGGCCGGAUUUCUUCAAAACUUCGUUCGACCGUCGGACAGCAGAAAGAACGACUAUGGUAGGAGGGAGUACAGAAGGGAGCACCGAGACCGAGCACCUCCAAGGAACCAAUCUCCUGAACGUAACAGGUCCCCAGAAAGGAACAAUAAACGAGACCGAAAUCAACCCAGGCGGGUGAUAAACACCAUUGCUGGAGGCUUCGCGGGGGGAGAAAGCACGUCUUCAGCACGCAAGAGACACUUGAGAGCAAUCAAGUCGGUUAACGCCGUAGGACGAGCAACUCCAAUCCACAUGCCUCCUAUCACAUUUACUGAUGAAGACUUUCAAGGUGUCGACCCAGUACAAGAUGAUCCCAUGGUCAUCAGUGUAGAAAUCAACAACUGUAUCGUGAGGAAAACUCAUGUUGAUCAGGGAAGCUCGGCAGACAUCUUAUACUGGAAGACGGUCAAGUAG